AUGGCGGCGGCGGUGGUAACGGCCACACUUGCCGCCGGGGGUGAGGAGGCGGCGGCCACAACCUCCGUUCCAGGGUCUCCGGGACUGCCCGGGAGCCGCAGUGCAGAGCGGGCCCUAGAGGAGGCCGUGGCCACCGGGACCCUGAACCUGUCCAACCGGCGCUUGAAGCAGUUUCCCCGGGGCGCGGCCCGCAGCUACGACCUGUCAGACAUCACCCAGGCUGACUUGUCCCGGAACCGGUUCCCCGAGGUGCCUGAGGCAGCAUGCCAGCUGGUGUCUCUCGAGGGCUUGAGCCUCUACCAUAACUGCUUGAGAUGCCUGAAUCCAGCCUUGGGGAAUCUCACAGCCCUCACCUACCUCAACCUCAGCCGAAACCAGCUGUCGUCGCUGCCACCCUACAUCUGCCAGCUGCCGCUGCGGGUGCUCGUCGUCAGCAACAACAAGCUGGGAGCUCUGCCUCCUGACAUUGGGGCCUUGGGAAGCCUGCGGCAGCUUGAUGUGAGCAGCAAUGAGUUGCAGUCUCUCCCCCCAGAGCUGUGUAGCCUGCCUUCCCUGCGGGAUCUCAAUGUCCGGAGGAAUCAGCUCAGCAUCCUACCUGAUGAGCUGGGGGACCUUCCUCUUGUCCGCCUGGAUUUCUCCUGUAACCGCGUCUCCCGAAUCCCAGUCUCCUUCUGCCGCCUCAGGCACCUACAGGUCAUUCUGCUGGACAGCAACCCCCUGCAAAGCCCCCCUGCCCAGAUCUGCCUGAAGGGGAAACUUCACAUCUUCAAGUACUUGUCAACCGAGGCUGGGCGGCGGGGAGGCUCUGCACUGGGGGACCUGGCCCCAUCUCGCCCCCCAAGUUUCAGUCCCUGCCCACCUGAGGAUUUAUUCCCGGGACGUCGGUACGAUGGUGGACUGGACUCAGGCUUCCACAGUGUUGACAGUGGCAGCAAAAGGUGGUCUGGAAACGAGUCAACAGAUGAAUUCUCGGAGUUGUCAUUCCGGAUCUCGGAGCUGGCCCGGGAGCCUCGGGGGCCCAGGGAACGGAGGGAGGACGGCGUCGCUGAUGGGGACCCUGAGCAGAUUGACUUCAUUGACAGCCACGUGCCUGGGGAGGACGAAGAUCGAGGUGCUGCUGAGGUGAGGGUCCAGCCCAUGUCCCUCUUCAGCCACGAGAGAGGAGAGCUGCAGGGAGGGGGGGGGAACGGGGAGAGGGCACCAAGCAGCAGGCGGGAGGAGCCGGCAGGGGAGGAACGGCGGCGCCCAGACACCUUGCAGUUGUGGCAGGAACGUGAGCGGCGCCAGCAGCAGCAGCUGCAGCAGCAGCAGAGUGGAGUGUGGGGGACCCCCAGGAAGGACAGUUUCCUGAAGCUGGGGAUCAGGGCUGCUGGGGGAGGUGCCGCCACUCCAUCGACACAGGCCACCUCCAACGGCACACCUAAGCCUACUGCCACCCAACUGGGGGCUUUAGGGGGACAGGGAGCUCCAGCUCCUGCCCCCACCUCCCAGGAGGCUCUUCCUAGAGUUGGACCAGCCAUAGCACCUGCUCCCCGGCCACUCGGCUCCAUGCAGAGACCAAACAGCUUCCUCUUCCGCUCAUCCUCUCAGGGCAGCUCAGGCCCUUCCUCACCAGACACUCUCUUAAGGCUUCGGCGAUCCCCCCAGGUUCAGGACGAGAAGGAAUUAAUGUCUCAGCUGCGCCAGGUCCUUGAGUCCCAUCUGCAGCGGCCCCUGCCUGAGGACCUGGCAGAAGCUCUGGCCAAUGGGGUCAUCCUGUGUCAGCUGGCCAACCAGCUCCGGCCGCGCUCCGUGCCCUUCAUUCACGUGCCCUCCCCUGCUGUGCCAAAACUCAGCGCCCUCAAGUCUCGGAAGAAUGUGGAGAGUUUCUUAGAAGCCUGUCGAAAAAUGGGGGUGCCUGAGGCUGACCUGUGCUCGCCCUCGGAUCUCCUCCAGGGCACCGCCCAGGGGCUGCAGACUGCAUUGGAGGCCGUGCAGCGGGUGGGGGGCCGGGCCCCCCCACCCCUGUGGCCCCCCUCUGGUCUGGGCGGCUUCGUCCUCUUCUACCUGGCCCUCGCACUGCUGCUCUAUGUCACCUACACUCGCCUCCUGGCUUCCCCUUUCCCCCAGAUGACCUGGGAUGUAUCUUCCUCAACGAUGGUCCCACUAGCACCCUGGGACCCCAACUAUGAGGCUGAAGCAGGGCCUCGGCUAUGGGUAAGUUGGGGGUGCCGUGUGGCUCCGGGGCCCAGCAGCGGGUCAGGCGUCUCGUUCUCAGGCCGGACCUUAUGUCAUCCGUCAUUCUGGCCAUUGUAUGAGGCCGCCUCCAGCAGGGACCCUCGUCCCUUGGUCCCUGCAGGAGAGCAUCACAAUGGAGGGCCGCUGCCCGGGGAUGCAGGGUUCCCGGCGCUGUGCUGUGAAGAUGUCUUUCUCUCAGACCCCUUGCUGCCCUAUGGGCAGCGGAUUCCCCUGUACUUGGCCCAGGCACAGCAGGUGAUGAGCUCCCUGCAGCUGCUGGUCCCACCCCCUGUCAUGUCCCCUAGGGUGGUCCCCACCUCAUCCCCUUACUGUUCCGCUGCCUGGCUCACUGGGCCUGAGUUGAUCGCCCUCACUGGCCUCCUGCAGAUGAGCCAGGGGGAGGCAAGACCCAGCUCCUCAACAUCCUCUCCAGGGGCGGGGUCCCCGAUGCUCACGAACUCCCUAACGAGCUCGGACAGCGGCUGCGCGCCAGGCUGCCCCCGACGUCGCCUUGGGCGUCCCGCAGCCAGGCCCGGGCGAUUGCGCGGGGGCGCCAUCACUAGGCAGCAGUCGGCAGGCUACUUGUGCACUAAGUCCGCUUCGUCGCCCGCCAUGGGCUCGCGCCUUGGCGGCGGUGGCGGCUCGCACCUCGGGCGCGGCUCUGUGCCACGCCUGCUGCUCCGCCUCGCGGGCCGCUGCCGCACCCAGGCUGCUGCCGCGCGUCUCCGGGGCGAUCAGGUGGCGCUAGAGCACGUCCGCGCGCUGGCUGACGGUGCACGCGCCCUCCAGGCUCCCUCUACGGAGCAACGCUGGCCCGCCACAGCUGGCGCGGAACUUCCGCUCGCUUGCGUUAACACUCGAGGCCGGGAGCGUCGGCGCGCGGCGCGAAGCAUGGGCGGCGAUGGGAUUUCUGCUUCCUAA